AUGCGUAAAAUUUUGCUCAUCCACGAUGACUCGGCCUUCCCGGCCCCGAAUGAGGUAUACAACUGGAAGAUAUACGCUUUAGCUAUAUGUGCCUCAAUGGGGUCAGCAAUGUUCGGUUAUGACUCUGGCUUUAUAGGUGGCGCGAUAACGUUGCCCUCCUUCGUGUCCAAGUUUGGCUUAGGUACUUCGUCGUCAGAGCAAUCAGCCGCAUUGUCCGCCAACAUCCUCAGCACCUUUCAAGCGGGAUGUUUCUUCGGCGCCAUCUUCAUGUCCUUCUUGGCCGAAAAGUUUGGCCGCAAGUUCCCCCUCAUUGCCUGUGGAGUGGUCUUCAAUGUUGGCACUAUUAUCCAGGUGGCUUCUACCGGCUCCCUAGGCAUGAUAUAUGCCGGUCGAGCUCUAACAGGCCUUGGUGUUGGGGCAGCAACUCUUGUCGUUCCACAGUAUAUAUCUGAAUGUUCGCCUCCCGCUAUUCGAGGCCGCCUGGUGGGUAUAUUCGAGACAGUUUGCCAGUUUUCCCAAAUCAUAGGAUUUUGGAUAAACUAUGGGGUUAAUGAAAACAUACCCGGUACAUCGGAUGCCCAGUGGAGAAUCCCCUUUGCACUGCAGCUUGCUCCGGGAACCUUGCUCGUCAUACUCAUGCUGCUCCAUCCCGAGUCACCACGUUGGCUCAUUAAGACUGGAGAUACGGAUAAAGCGAUAAAGAUCCUUAGCAGUAUUCGCUCUCUACCGCAAGACGAUGGAUAUAUUGCGUGGGAAGUUGGUUCUAUCAAACAGCAGCUUCAUGACGAAUCUGAACUGGGUGCCACACGCCCUCUCAGUGCGAAGUUGAAAGAGAUCAUGCAGAGGGGUAACCGCGUCCGAUUAAUCCUGGGGAUGAGCAUAAUGAUGCUACAGAACUUGAGCGGCAUCAAUGCGCUCAAUUAUUACUCCCCGAAGAUUUUCAAAUCCAUUGGCUUUUCGGGAACCAGUGUCGGUCUUUUGGCUACGGGAGUCUUUGGCAUCGUCAAGGCCAUGACAACCUUGAUAUUCAUAUGUUUCGGGAUUGACACUCUAGGACGCCGAAACCCCAUUUUGAUCGGCUCGGCUGGCGCAAUAAUUGCGAUGUUCUAUCUCGGCGCGUACUCGAAAGUGUCUGGUUCUUUCGAGCACACCGUUGUGCAAGACGGCGGCGCUUACGUCGCGAUCGUUAUGGUCUACGUAUUCGCCGUGUUCUAUGCUAUUUCUUGGAAUGGUAUCCCUUGGGUGUUCUGCGCCGAGAUAUUCCCAACGGGAAUUCGAUCCUUGUGUCUUCUCUUCACCACAUGUACACAAUGGUUGGGCCAAUUCAUCAUCGUGUACUCCACUCCUUACAUGAUGACGAAUAUCACAUAUGGGACAUUUUUCUUCUUUGGAAGCUUCUUGAUUGUUGGUGCUUUGGUAGUUUUCUUCUUUAUGCCAGAGACAAAAGGACUGUCCCUCGAAGAGAUGAACGUAUUAUUCAACGUCAAAGGGCUCGCUAUCACUCAACGAAAGAAAGCAGACGAGAUAAUUGCUUCGCAGCGGGCUGCGGAGAAUGUCACCGACUUGAAGGACGACGCAGAGCAUUCUAAUGUUGAGGGGGUUUAG